AUGGAGGAGUUAGAGGCCUUGCUGGACCAGCAGGGUGACGAGUGGCAUGGCCAAAGAACCAAGGAUCAGCUGCGCAGAAGUGAAAGUCCAGGAUACACCGGAGGAGGGACCACCUCAUCGGCAAGGAGGGCCCAUGUCAGGAGGGCCAGAUACAAGGAAGUGUUCACCACUUACAGGGCAGCCCCGGGCCCCAAGAGCGACUCGAGGGAGGCUGUCAUAACAUUUAGCGAAAUGGAUGAAGAAUGCAUGUUGCGCUCCCACGAUGAUGCCCUUGUCGUGACCAUGCAAAUCACCAGCUACUUGACGUGGAGAGUCCUGAUCGACAACGGUAGCUCAGUCAACAUCAUAUUCUGGGAAGCUUUCAUUCGGAUGGGGAUCACACCCUAUCAUUUGCUCCCAACCCCGACACCCCUCAAGGGCUUUAGUGGAGAUGUGAUCCAGCGAAUCAGAGCAAUCACCUUGUCCAUCCUGGUGGGAAUGACGGCUACCAUGGUGGAUUUUCUUGUGGUAAAGGCUCCCUCCUUCUAUAAUGCGAUCCAGGGACAUCCAACCUUGAACCACCUAAAGGUGAGGACAUCCACCUAUCACCUGAAGUUGAAGUUCUCAACCCCCAUGGGGGUGAGGGAAAUAUGCAGCAACUAG